AUGUUUGGUUUGGAAAAUGUAAAACAGAGCGUUGGUAGCCCCUUCAGGCGGUUUCUCCGGUCACUGGCUCACUCUUUAACACUUAGUUACAGAUUCUGCUCUUUCAGCUCACAAUCAAUUGGGUUCUCUGUGUUGCAAUGUCGUCAUCCAGAAAUUAAGUGGGCUCAGAGAGAGGAUAAAUUUUAUAUCACAGUUUUAUUGGCGGAUACAAAAGAUGAAAAAGUGAAUCUUGCUCCUGAAGGUGUUUUUACGUUAUCUGCUUCAGCUGGUCAGCAUGAGUAUGAUCUUAAGCUUGAGCUUUUUGACAAAGUUAAUGUAGAGGCAUGGAGGGUACCUAAAGUCUUGCGUCCUUUAUAUGAUCUCCAACUGUUCUCACUCAAAAAAACAACAAUGAUGGCUUUACGCCAGCUAAGGCAGAUCGCUCUAGAAGCUUCAAAAACCUCAUUGAUUUCAACAUCUUCUGAUUCUUGUGAUUGCAGCUAA